CCGAAGGGACGUCGCGUCGUCGCGCUGGGUCUCUAGCAGCUGCCGCUGAGCCGCCGGACUGACGCCCGCCUUCGCCCGCCAUGGCCGAGAGCGACUGGGACACGGUGACGGUGCUGCGCAAGAAGGGCCCUACGGCCGCCCAGGCCAAGUCCAAGCAGGCUAUCUUAGCAGCACAGAGACGAGGAGAAGAUGUGGAGACUUCCAAGAAAUGGGCUGCUGGCCAGAACAAACAACAUUCUAUCACCAAGAACACAGCCAAGCUGGACCGGGAGACGGAGGAGCUGCACCAUGACAGGGUGACCUUGGAGGUGGGCAAGGUGAUCCAGCAAGGUCGGCAGAGCAAGGGGCUUACGCAGAAGGACCUGGCCACGAAAAUCAAUGAGAAGCCACAGGUGAUCGCGGACUAUGAGAGCGGACGGGCCAUACCCAAUAACCAGGUGCUGGGCAAAAUCGAGCGGGCCAUCGGCCUCAAGCUCCGGGGAAAGGACAUUGGAAAGCCCAUCGAGAAGGGGCCUAGGGCGAAAUGAACACAAAGCCUCGAAAUCAGUGCGCUCCAGCUGAUCUCAUUCUGCCGGUUCCCCUUGGCCGCCAGCACCGCCGUGGGUCUCCUCACGGCCAAAUGGAACAAGGGGUCCAGCUUGUGGGGGACCCUCCCCAGCCCAUUCCUGCUGUCAAACAAACAAAACCUUGCAAAGCG